GGUUAAAAUGUAUGUAACCCCAUAUAAUUACCGGCAUGUUGAGAUAUAAAUUAAAAAGGAAGGACUUGAGGAGCAAUUUUGGAAAACAAAGAAUUGGGUAAACAAGGCAAGAGAGAUUGUGAGGAAUUAGGAAUCCCAAAAGGCAAAAGCCCUAAACGCGCCGAAACACAUAUUGUUAGGGCUUCUUUUCCCACAGCCGUUCGUCAUAUAUAAAUAAGCGCAUAAACAUCAACAAAAUCUAAACAUAUAUUUGUAUACAAAAAAAUAGCUGGGUUUAGGGUUUGUUUCGUUUGGUUGCAAUAUUCUUCAUCAAUCAAUGGCGGAAGAAAAGGUUUCUCGAUCCAAGGGUGUUGUGACCAGAUUCAAUGAUCAGAAGGGUUAUGGCUUCAUCCAGCCGGACGAAGGCGGCGAAGAUCUCUUCGUCCAUCAAACCGCCAUCAAAACCGACGGCUAUCGCACCUUGCGCGAGGGCCAGGUCGUUGAGUUCACGAUAAUCCUCGACGGCGAUAAGACCAAGGCUACCGACGUCACCGCUCCCGGCGGCGGUCCGGUGGAGGCGAAUUCGCGGAGGGGGAACAACGCCAACAGCCGCGGUGAUGGGUUUGGUUUCGGUGAUCGGAGAGGUGGUGGCGGCGGUGGAGGUGGCGCCGGUGAAUGUUUUAAUUGUGGUGAAUUUGGGCAUAUGGCGAGGGACUGCGGCAAUGGCGGCGGCGGCGGCGGCGGCGGUAGUGCUGGAAACUGCUAUAACUGCGGAGGGAUUGGGCAUAUGGCGAGGGAGUGUCCGAGUGGAGGCCGCGGUGGCGGUGUUGGUGGUGGCCGUGGUGGAGGCCGCAGUGGUGGCGGCGGCGCUUGUUUUACUUGUGGGGAGCCAGGGCACAUGGCGAGAGACUGUACCGGUAACGUUGGUGGUGGUGGCAGUGGUGCCGGUGUUGGUGGCCGUGGUGUAGGCCGUGGUGGCGGUGGCGCUUGUUUUACCUGUGGUGAGCCAGGGCACAUGGCGAGAGACUGCACAAGUGGUGGCGGCGGCGCUGGCGGUGCUGGUGGUUACCAGCGUGGAAGCGGUGGUUUUGGGAGGUCCGGUGGUGGUGGUGGAGGAAACUGUUACAACUGUGGGGAGUCGGGACACUUUGCCAGAGAGUGCAACGCAGCGGCUAUUCACUGAUUUUACGAGUUGACGUCCGUAGCUAUUUUGAGUAAUUGUCUUUCCGAUUCCGUUGGUCGUUUUCUUAUUUCAAACGGUUAAUAUGCUUUUAUUAUGUUUUCUUUUUAUAGUGCUUUGCGGGUUUAUACCUACGGGAUAGCUCUUAUACUAUUUUGUGGUUUUUGACUGUGUGAAGCCUAAUAUUUUCUGCUGUUAUCGGCACUCUAGUUAUAAUAUGGUGAUUGUGCGUUUCGAAUUUA